GUAUUUAUUAUAAAGUACUCAAUUUAUUUUCUUUUAUUAAAAGAAAAAGAAAUAAAAAUAAAAACCAGGUAGCUUAGCUAUAAUACCAUUUCACCGCUAACUAUGGCGUUGAAUCAGUUUCUCUCAAAAUUGCAAUUUUUCUUUUUCUUUCUAAAUAUAGCGUAAUAACUGUACGCGUUAUUUAUGUUAAUUUUUUUUUUUGGUUUUGGUCUUCGGAAGUGAGAGUUUUUGAGACUGCGAAGUGGUUUGGUUUGGGGUUGGGUAGGGCUUUUGGCUUCUUCUAUUUCAAUGGAAUUGGAGAUUUAGGGUUCAUUUCUCUAUGAAUUUUGGAAAAUGAGUUGCUUUUCUUGCUUUACUCGCCACCGAAACGAUUCUAGCAGGGUUGAGAUUGAUAAUUUUACUCGAUCUUCAGGUCGAAAGGAUACCGGUAGCCCGAAUAAAUGUGCGGCGCGUAGCUUCACGUUCAAGGAACUUGCUGCGGCCACUAGGAAUUUUAGAGAGGUGAAUUUGAUCGGUGAAGGAGGAUUUGGUAGAGUUUUCAAAGGCCGAUUGGAAACAAACCAGGUCGUUGCCAUUAAGCAACUUAAUCAUGACGGCCUCCAGGGGUUUCAGGAAUUUAUUGUUGAGGUUCUAAUGUUAAGCCUGCUACACCAUUCUAAUCUCGUUACCUUAAUUGGCUACUGCACUGAUGGAGAUCAAAGGCUAUUGGUGUACGAGUACAUGCCGAUGGGUAGUUUGGAAGACCAUCUUUUUGAUCUCGACGCUGAAAAGAAGCCACUGAGUUGGGAAACUCGAAUUAAAAUUGCUGUUGGUGCAGCACGUGGUAUUGAAUAUCUCCAUUGCAAAGCGAACCCACCGGUUAUCUAUCGUGACUUGAAAUCAGCAAAUAUCUUGCUAGACAAUGACUUUAACCCAAAGCUCUCUGACUUUGGUCUUGCCAAACUCGGCCCUGUUGGUGACAAUACUCAUGUUUCCACCAGAGUGAUGGGCACUUAUGGAUACUGUGCACCAGAGUAUGCCAUGAGCGGCAAAUUGACUCUGAAAUCUGAUAUUUAUAGCUUUGGUGUAGUCUUGUUGGAGCUCAUUACUGGACGAAAGGCGAUAGACAUCACAAAGAGACAUGGAGAACAAAACCUUGUUUCUUGGUCUCGCCCUUUUUUUAAAGACCGGACAAAGUUUGCUCUACUUGUCGAUCCAUUGCUGCAAGGGCGAUUCCGUGUUCGUUGUUUGCAUCAUGCAAUUGCUAUUACAGCAAUGUGUCUCCAAGAGCAGCCAACUUAUCGUCCUCACAUUAGUGACAUUGUUGUAGCUCUCGAGUACUUGGCUUCGCAAAAUGACACAUCAGAGCGACAAAGGGAGGAGGUGCAUAAUUCUGCUUCAGCAUCAUCACCUUCAAACCAGAGCAGAAAAGGCUUUUCGCGGAGAGCAGAUUACGUAACCAGUUCAGCCUCAGUUUAGACUUUCUUUUGGUGCAGUUGCUGACUUUGAUCAAGUUUAUAGCCACUCUCAAGAGAAUAUAUGCAUCUAAGAAUAAUUAUGGUUUAUAUAAAAAUAAUUUUUUACUUGUUAGUUGUAAAUAUGUUAUUGGGGUUCUGAUAGUGUGGCGUUUUGAUGGAGCAUAACUUAAGCAUAUUUCUCAGGUAAACAUAAAGAGAAGUAGAAGAAGAAAACAUACAAUCCAUGCUCUUAUAUGAAAGAUUGUUUAACAUAAGUACUUAGGAAGGAGGACUACAAAGACUUAUUAUAUACAAAAUUGAGAUAACACCAAAUAUUAUUUUCAUUUUCA